CGCAGUGAGAGAGCGAGGGAGAGACGGAGAGAGAGAGACGGAGAGAGAGGCAGAGAGAGAGAGAGAGAGAGAGAGAGAGAGAGAGAGAGAGAGAGUCUAAAGCAGACUGCAAGUUGCCUGCUCGUGUUUUUCGAGCGCGCGACGCCGGAGGAGGAGCAGCAGCAGCGCGAGCUCCACACUGCGAGACUUUUUUCUUCGAGUGUGAGUGUGUGUGUGUGUGGUUAAGUGUGUGUGUGGGUGAGUGUGUGUGAGGCGGCGGCGGCUAUGGGCGCACGGGAACGCGCAGCUGACGGGGGCGCGCCCGGGCUGCGCUCGCUUUGACCAGCGACGAAGGAACGGAGCGGAGCGCGCGACAAACAAACCAGCAAGCAGGAACGCUUCGUAUGGAUGUGUAUCUGCGCGUGAGUGCGUGUGUGUGCGGUGCAUGAGUGAGUGAGUGAGAGGGAGAGAGUGAGUGCGCGUGCUUGCGGGCGCCGUACGGGACUCUUUUUGGAGUUUUUUUCUUGUUUCUUCUUCUUGUUUUUUCACUAUUAUAAUUUUUGUGUGCGCGCGCGCGAGGCGACACCCCCGUGGUGAGGAAUAGGAAAGAAUGGAGAGCGGCGCGCGGCAGAUCUUCCAGCCUCACGCGCGCCUGCAGCAGACCCUCAGGCAGUUUCACCUGAGCUCCAUGAGCUCGCUGGGUGGUCCCGCGCGCUGGCAGCACCACCACCACCACCAAGCCUACCGGAAGGACCUGGCGGAUUUAACUGAGAUCAGCGACCGGGACGCGGAGAUCCGGGUCGCGCGCCUGCCCGUGGCCCCCGUGGCGCCCUGCCCGCUCCUGGUGCCCUCCGACCGCUCGACGGAGCGCUGCGAAACGGUGCUGGAGCGCGAGACCAUCUCGUGCUUCGUGGUGGGCGGGGAGAAGCGCCUGUGCCUGCCGCAGAUCCUCAACACGGUGCUGCGCGAGUUCACGCUGCAGCAGAUCAACGCGGUUUGCGACGAGCUGCACAUCUACUGCAGCCGCUGCACGGCGGAGCAGCUCGAGAUCCUCAAGGUGGUGGGCGUGCUGCCCUUCUCCGCACCCUCGUGCGGCCUCAUCACCAAGACGGACGCGGAGCGGCUGUGCAACGCGCUCGUGCACGGUACAGGCACCGGCACGGGCGGCGGCGGCCGCGCGCCCCGCUACGCCAAGCUGGAGGAGAGCGGCAUCAAGGUGUACCACGAGUGCUUCGGCCGGUGCAGGGGCGUCCUGCUGCCCGAGCUCUACACGAGCCCCGAGGCGCCCUGCAUCCAGUGCGCGGACUGCGGCGUGCUCCUCGCGCCGCGCAGGUUCGUGGCGCACGCGCACGGCGCGCCGGAGAACCGCACGUGCCACUGGGGCUUCGACUCGGAAAACUGGCGCGCCUACGUGCUGCUGCGCGCGGGGGAGUACGCGGGGAAGGCGCGGGUGGAGGGAGCGGAGCAGGAGGAGGAGAGGGAGCGGAUGGAGACGCUGCUGGAGGAGGUGAAGGAGAGGUUCGACUACACGGGCAGGUUCAAGAGGAGAGCGGCCAGGGUUUCUGAUCCGGUUCCUGUUAAGAAGGCGAAGCUGGAAGAUUUCCCGGCUCUCUCCCCCUCUGUGGACAAAGACAUGCAACCUGAUUGGCUGCGGUCCCUCUCUGCGUCGGCCAAUAAGGGUUUUAGCUGCAUUCAGCCCAGACAGAGACCCUCAGCGUUCAGGCCGUGGUCUCCAAACAUCUCCACCAGCGAAAAGGACGGCAAGCCGGCGAGUCUGCUGCGGGACAGUUUCUAUAACUAUAAGAGUUUGGAGAGCGCUGUGGCUCCGAAUGUCGCGCUGCCGCCGCUCCAGAAACUUCCACAGGUUUCUCCCGCCGCGCCCCCCCCCCCCCCCACCGUCACCCACCCCGCCGAGUCCGAGCCGCAGCUGGACGGAGCCGCAAAGCCAAGGAAACGCAAGUUGACCGGUGACGUCCACUGCUGUCCGUCUGCGACGGCCGGCCGGCCCCCACCGCCCCCUGCUGAGGAGAGGGACUCGGACGUGGAGGUCGAGGUCCGAGAUGAAUUCACCUCCUCGCUGUCGUCCCUCUCGUCUCCGUCCUUCACGUCCUCCUCCAGCUCUGCUAAAGACAUGAGUUCUCCCAGCGCGGUGCCUGGCCCCGUCGCCGCAGCACCCGUUGCCACGGCAGGGGCAGGAUCCGGGGUCGCCACAGCACCCGUCGCCGUGGCAGCCGACGGUCCAGUGGCUCUGGACUCCGAGCUGGAGACUCUGAGGCAGGCUCUGGAGAACGGACUGGACUCCAAAGAGUCGAAGGAGAAGUUUCUGCACGAAAUCGUGAAGAUGAGGGUGAAGCAGGAGGAGAAACUGGGCUCAGCUCUGCAGGCCAAGCGCAACUUACAGCAGGAGCUGGAGUUCCUGCGUGUGGCGAAGAAGGAGAAGCUGCGCGAGGCGACGGAGGCGAAGCGAAGUUUGCGGAAGGAGAUCGAGCGUUUGCGGGCGGACGGAGAGCGGAGAAUGCGGGAGGCAAACGAAGCGCGAGCAAGGCUGAAGAGGGAGCUGGAGCAGGCCAGGCAGCUACGAGUCUGUGAUAAGGGCUGUGAGGCGGGGCGGCUACGCGCUAAAUACUCCGCACAGAUCGAGGAGCUCCAGAUGAAGCUCCAGCAUGCGGAGGCGGACCGCGAGCAGCUCCGGGCUGACCUGCAGCACGAGCGGGAGGCGCGGGAGCACCUGGAGAGGGUGGUGAAGGAGCUACAGGAGCAACUGUGGCCUAAAACCACAAACAAGGAGAACGUAAACACGCCAGCGUCGACACCGACAACACCGUCCAGCAAGGACUCCAGCAACUAACUCGCUCCGUCCACACACGGACUCCCCCGAGUGACCACGGGAGAAAAGCGCGAGUGGACACUGUUAUAACGGAACGAACACGUGUUACUGUUGAAAGCACUGAAUCAAGAAGAAGAAGUUAUCGACAUAGAACAAAAAAAAGAAGAAAAAAUAGCACAAACGUAUUCUUGUGCCUGCAAAAAGUGACUUUUAAAGACUUUCAUAAGCGAAAAGUGAAAAGGAGAAUCCGGCGAAUUUUUGUUUUGUUUUCCAGAGGAGCGUCGGAGCAUGCUGCCGAAGCGGAACGCUCUUCGUGUGUGUUUGUUUUCUGUUAUUUUGUUUUUCCCGUUUUUCUAUGCUCCUCCUGACGAAAACAGUUCACUUUGUAAUAAGCUAUUUAAGACUCUGCUUAUGUUAUGACAAAAAAACGUCGUUUUCGUCGGUGAAAAAGCCUCAAACGUUCCCUUUUUUACCGUGAAGGGCGCGGCCUUCUCCCACGUCUCGCCUGAUGCUUGUCAAACAAAGCCAUCGCUGUCGGGAACCCGUGAGCGGAUCUUCAGAAGAUGCGCUCGGCGAGGUUCGUUCGGUUGUGCGGGAGGUUUCGCUUCACUGUGCUUUUCUAUCGCUGGGAUGCUAAACAGUGCUAACAGUUAGCGCUAUGCUAAGUCGUGGCGGCUGUUUUUUUUUAACGUUUUCUUUUCAGGGCUGGACGUGUGGACGUUAUCAGAAACUGCAGAAAUGUUCUGUUUGAGUAAAUUAUAUGUAAAUAUGAAUGUUUUUCUUUCCUUUUUUUACUUUACGAUAAUGAAUCGCACUUUGUCAUAACAGAAUAUCGCUUAGCCGCUCACCUCCGCCUGUACGUUUACCUUUAUUUCACCAGUGUAGAAAUGAAAUGAGCUUUUUUUCCUUAAUUAUAUGCAACACAGUUACAUGCAAUGUAAUCAUAUGUUUAAGGCUAAAUAUUGUAAAUAAACAUUCGGCAGAAAAUACGCUUGCUUACUAAAGGGGCGAUCCAGUUCAUUUCAGUUUUUUAAAAACGUUUGUUUUGUUUACUGGUUUUUUACUGUAUUACAGCCUACAUUUCAGAUCAUUCGUUUACAGACAGCGGUGAGGACAGACACGGACGUCCACCGUCUUUACGGGCGGCUCUGAAAGCCCACACUGAUGAUGCGUUGUGUUUUAUAGACGAUUUGGGUACAGUGCAGUCGGAAUGUACGUCACGUUUUUGAAGCGCUGUCGCUUGAUGUUUUUUGACGUAUUUUUUCCGACGUUUGUUCUUGCUUGUCUUUUUCAGUAGCUCAUAUUUUCUUUUAUAUGCAUGAGAGUUUUGAAUUUGACGAGAAAGAAAGUCGUCAGCCAUUCAUAUAAUCCUAAUUAUCGGGCAUUAAUAAUAGUGUUUAUGUGUUUUUUUCUGUUUUGAUUGUGUUAUGCAAUAUUCAGCAACAUCUGUCUAUCAGAACAUCUUAGAUUUCAAAAUAAGAGCACGCAAACACACACACACAGGCUCUAAAUGCAGACUUCUCAGUGCACAUUGUAAUGCUGGCGAGCCCUAAGUGCCUGUAUUUGGGCGCUUGGUUUCCAGAAUUUGAGUGUUUUUUUACGUUUGCACUCUUUUACCAGAAUUGACUUGACCAUCUUUGCUUAAAUGCAGCAAUUUUGUCAGUAUUCCUUUGAUAUCUUCUCCUUUUAUUAUAAAUAAGUAAACAAAUAAACAAAUGAAUAAAUAAAUAAUACACUUGCCUUGCAACAAUCUAGUGCAGCGUUUGCCUCUGGUAUCUUCUAUCUGAAUAGCUUUUUAGUCAUUUGCAAAUACUGCAAAUAUUCUUAUUGAGAUUUCUCAAAUAUUUUUCCUCCUUUUUUAAAUUUAGGAAUAUUAAGGUAUAUUUAAAUGAUAUAAAAAGUAAAGGUUAGUGGCUUAUAGAGAUGAUAGACGCCCAGCCGCCAGGUCUAUAAAUAAUAACAACAAUAAUAAUAAUGAUAAUAAUAAUAAAGCCCAGCGUUUUAAAUAAAAUAAAAUGAAAUAAAGAGAAUUUUCACUAUGAGGCUGUUUUGUAGUUGUUUUUCACUCUGUGUACUUUUACUUUGUCUUUUUUUACAAAAGAAUAAAACAGAAAAAGGGAGGAAUUGUUGGUGCUCCCGAGUUUAUGCUGAAAAUACGGUGAAAUUUCUAAUUGAGAGCCAUUCUUUUGCUAAUAUGCUAAUCUGAGAGAAUAAAAGAGCAAUAAUAGAUCAUGUUUAGAGAAGCAGAGCUAGUCAGUGUAGGAAUUAAUCACAGUCACCACUGUAAAUAUGUUUACUUUUCCUUUUUACGCUAUUGUAUAAUAACUGUAUAUUGUGUUUCUGUUUUUUCUUUUCCUCUGAAUGAAAAUAUACGACGGCUGUCCUGUUUUACACGAGUGCGUUUAGCAGAAAUACAGACAUGGUUUGGCUCCAGUUCUCCGCCGGCGCGUUCUGUCCUGUGCAAUGCGUUUGUUACUGUUCUCUCUGUUUCGUUCUGCUUUGUUUUUUGUUUUUUGUUUUGAAGACGUUUAUUUCAUCAGUGUUGUAACACAGAAGUAUCGUUUUUCAGCUCCGGUCGAAUCCGGAAGCGUUUUUAUCCCCCGUUUAAUAUCCUGGUUCAGUUCUUCAUCAUCUUAGCCCUUCACUGCUGCUAUAACGAAAUAUUAUAAACUUUACGAUUUUACAGCACACCUAUUUUUAUGUAAGAGGUAAAAAUGCUUUCUUCUUUAUUAAUGCCGCAGAUACAGAAUGACAAAAAAUAUCCUGGCCUAUUUAUCCUCUCUCGCUCUCUCUCGCUCUCUCUCUCUCUCUCUCUCUCUCUCUCUCUCUCUC